UGGAUUUCAGUUUCAUUUUGAACGUCGUGCGUCGAGUACGUGGACGAUUCCCCAAAAAGCGCGCGCGUCUCUUUCGCUCGCCUUUCACGACCAGCAAAAAGCAAACUCGCAACUCGACUCGAAGCGAAUUUCUGUCUCUGACGUUGUUGUCACUUUUUGGCCUGGCCAAAACAGCAUCCGCUACCCAAACAACAAUUGGCAGUAAUCAGCGCGCGUGUGAACUAAAAAACCAACAACAACAAAAAAAAAAGAAAAGAAAAUCUAUAAAAAUAAAAAUUUAAAUUUUGAGUUGUGCACAGAUAUACUCAGCUAUGUGAAACACAAUUGCAAAAUGUUCAAUCAUUGAAAUUUAAUACCAAAGUUUGCAAAGCAAAAGCAUUGAGUGUGAAGCCGAAGCAAAAGGAAAUGAAAUUGUAAACAACAAAAAGAAAAAAAGGAAAACAAAGAGAAAUAUCUAUGAAAUAAACCAUAAAAAUCAACUAAAUGCCAAAGCGACGCAACAACAACAAGAAGAACAGAACUGAAAUCUGACAACGACAACAGAAACAACUGACAAACGAACGAAACAAACACACACACACCUACACACAAACGUAAACAGACACACACUUCCCCUCUCAAUACCCCGACCCCCCGCAAGAACAGAACAUUGAAUGUGCGUAAGUGUGGCAAGAGAAAAGGCAAAAAAAGAAAAGCUAAAGCUGAAACAAAAGCAAAAACAAAGCAAACCCAAAUUAUAACAGCUCCUCCCCAAGACAACAAAGUGCAAGAGAGCAAGAACAACAUUAAUAGCGACGAGCUGGCAACAUUUCUAACACCGGCAACAUGUUGCUGAGGCGCUUACAACACAGCGGCGGCAGCAGCAGCAACAAAGCCAAAGCGCCAGCGCCCGCGCCCUCCGCCUCUUCUUGCUCCCCUUCGACCUCAAACCCAACGCUAAUCGGAUUUACGAGACAACCAACAACAACAGCAACAUCAUCGGCAACGAGAACAUGGCUAUUGCCGUUGCUCUGCUUGGCAAUUGUUGCUCAUGUCAGUGGCGAAAUAGAUCGCACCAUUCAGGAGCAUGAAAACAAAAAUGUUGUGCUGCCGUGUCCUGUGAACGAAGAAAAGUGCGGGAAGCUGCACUCCUUGAACUGGUUUAAAGGCGAUGGACGCAUCGCAGCGAUGCUAUUGGGCGACAGCAAUGUCACGAGUGUGAACGAUGAAUUUAAAAAUAGAGUAACUGUUGAGCAGAAUCCAUACAGAUUAGUAAUUAAGGACUUGAGAAUAUCUGACGAGGAUAUCUAUCUAUGUGAUACAACCUUUUAUAUACCAGAAGAAACGUGUGAUAACUUCAAUGGCUAUCGUGUCGAAUUGAGAGUCUUAGUGCCACCCACUGAGGUUGUGAUUUUGGACGCUAAGGGCGACCGCAUUGAGAAUGGCAGCAUCGUGGGACCCAUGCAGGAGCGUCAGAACCUCAAAGCGACCUGCACCGUGAAGAACACACGCCCCCAACCCGAUGUGGGCUGGUGGCGCGGCAACAAGCGCCUGGCAACAUAUUCGCCCACUCACGAUCAGAACGAUGGUCUAUACACUUCCACACUCGAAUUGGACUGGCAAUUGUCACGUGAGGAUCUGGGAGAGGAUAUUGAAUGCCGCGUGGAAUCGGCUGCAAUUAAAAACACAAUUGUUACCAAAUUCGGCGUCGAUUUGCAAGUGCGACCCACGAGCAUAGACAUCAAGGGAGUGGAACAUCAUACGGUGCAGGGCAGCAAAGUGGUGCUAACAUGUGACAUACACGGAGCUCGUCCCGCAGUCAACUUAACCUGGUAUAAUAGCACCUCAACUAUAAGUCCUGAGGAGAAUGAACUUACUGAAAUUCGCACUAAGGCUUUUGAAAAGUCCGAUGGUACCUAUCACACGCAGUCGGAGUUGAUUUUUAAUGCCUCGCGAUUUGAGAACGAUCGCGUCUUCCGCUGUGAAGCUGAGAACAUUGUGCUGCAGAUCAAUCGCGAAAAGCCAAUUUCAUCGGAUUUGACUCUAGAAGUGAUGUAUCCUCCCGUUGUCAAAGUCAGCCCAUUGGGAAAGAGUGCAAACACCAGUGAAAUGGUGCUACUGAAUUGUGAAUAUGUUGCCAACCCCGCCUCGCUGACUCAAGUCGUUUGGUAUCGCAAUGGAGACGUAGUUAAUGUCAAUGACACGAAGCGCUAUGAGGGAGGCAAUGCGGAGAAUGUGGCACUGCUGAUCAGAUCUACGGAGAAAGAAGACAUUGGCAAUUACACCUGCCAGCUGUCCAACUCCAUUGGCAAAACCAUUUCCGAGCAGCAAAUCGAUCUGGAUGUGCAAUACGUGCCCAUUGUGGAGGUGCUGAUGCUGCCUGAAGGUCCUGUUAAGGAGAGCGAUGAGUCAAAUGUGACGCUCACCUGCAACAUCAUCGAUGCGAAUCCCUCAGUGUUGACCAAAGUGCGCUGGUAUGCGAACUCCACGCUGCUUAAGGAACUGCCGGAUUGCUACGAAACUAGAGAGGACUUGUGCCACAUUGAUCCCAGCAAGCUGCUGCUCGAGAGCAUUGGACGCGGUUUCUUCUACAACUAUUCCUGCGAGGGCUUCAAUGCCGCCGGCUGGGGACCACGCAGCGAGGACAAGGAGCUAAUGGUGCACUAUGAACCCGGACCAGCCACAUUGUCGCACUUUCCGCCCAUUGCCAUCAAGAAGAAGAGCGUGAUCUUUUAUUGCGGCGUCGAGGAUCCCGGCUACCCUGAGUCGAAUAGAUAUCGCUGGAUGCGCGGCGGUCGCGGCCCACUCCAGGACAUUGUCACCAAGGAAUGGACCGUCGAGCCCGUCGGUCUGGACAGUCGCACCAACUACUCGUGCUAUGCGUACAAUGAGGGCGGCAAGGGUGUCAUGGCCACCGUCAAUCUAGAGGUACAUGCCCCGCCCUUCUUCAUCAAGAACAUGCAACCGUAUACGGGUGUGUUGCACUCCGUCUCCAACUUUAAUCUGACCUGCCGCAUCGAGUGUGUGCCACGCUGUGAGAUCGCCUGGUGGAAGGAUGGUGUGCCCAUCGACAAGAACGAUUCGCGUUACUUCGUUCGCGAAAAGUACAUGGAUGCCUCUCCGGCCACUGGCGAUUUCGAGAGCAUGUUCUCCGUUCUGCACUUCAAUAUGUCAAAUUUCCCGAAUAAAAAAUUCGAUAUCGAAUCGGAUAACGCGAAAUACAUGUGCAUAUCAACGGCAAAUGCUGUGGGACCGACAGUAAACAGCACCACCUACUUGAGCAUCGAAUACGCACCGGAUGACAUCAGCGUUUCGGAGAGCACGGUCUAUGUGCAGGAGCAUCAUAUUCCCGGUCGUGUCAUAUGCAAAUCGCGGGCUAAUCCGGAACCAUCUUAUGAGUGGCUGUAUCCCAACAAGACGGUUACCAUGGGCAACACUCUGAUUAUAAAUGAUCCCAUCAAGCGAAACGAUACUGGUAUUUAUACUUGUCGCGCCUUUAACAAACACGGAGAUCGCACCACAGAAACCCGCAUCGAUGUUCAGUUUACACCAAGCUGUACGAUUGAGAGGCAGGAGAUCGAUGACCAGGAUACACUAAUUUGCACAGCAGACGGAAAUCCUGAUGAGGCCGAUUUCUCAUGGUCACUUAAACUGGAGAAUGACACAGUCGCAUUGGGCGGCGGCGACAAGAAGUCCUUUAGGAACAAAAGCUUGUACGUGCUGACCGAGGAUUCGGACAUUGCCAGGACUUAUCGUUGUUUGGCCAACAAUACUGUGGGUCCAGGUGCAGUCUGUGAGAUUGAAGUUGCUGAACAAUUGGUCUGGUGGCAGCGUUGGGACAAAACGAUGCUCUAUAUAGUGAUUAGCGCCAUAGCGCUUUUGUUGCUGGCCGUCAUCAUUAUUUGUAUCAUAAUCAUUUGCAUAUGCCGUCGCCGUCGGCGUCAGGAUAAAUAUCAUACGGAAGUAUCCAUUAGCGCCAACCAGAGCGUGCUAUCAUAUCAGCCGGUGCUGCCACAAGUAGGCGUGGCACUGCCCAUACAAGAGACAACAGAGACAACAUUGCUGCCAUCGACUUUGCUGCCACCGCAACAACUGCAACAGCAGCAGCAACAACAGCAGCAACAGCAACUAAAGCUGCCCGCAAUGGAGAACAACAAUGAACUGGCCACGCCCCCGCCCACAGCGCGCAAUAGUGCGUUGCCUGCCACAGUGCCAAAGUCGCCACCACGCUGGCCACUGCGGCCGGGCGUCAUGUUGCACGUGAGCAGCGACACCAAAGAGAAUCUGGCAGUGAAUCGCAUGACGUUGAAACCGAAUGCGAAUUCGAAUCCCAACUCAAAUCCAAAUGCGAGUCAAUUGUCGGCGCAGUUAAGUGCCGUGCUGAAUGAUAGCCAAACUAACUCAAAUAGCACAAUGCUAACCGAGGUGACGGUGAUGGAUGCAACAGCAACUGGAGCAACAACAACCACAUCGACAGCGACAGCAAUCGCAGCAGCAGCGGCGGCAGCAGCCAAGCGUAGGCUGAUGAAGACUAAUCCCAAUGACAUUGCCUUGCCAUCGACAGAUGCAGCCACCAGUUCAGCUGAAGUUCUGCCCGAGCUGGCCGCCUGCCUAGACAAUCCGAUUGCAGCCACAGCAGCAACAACUACCACGACGGUGGCAACAGUUGCUGUGCCCGGGAGCAUGCAACGCAUUUGGAACUUUGUGUUUCGGCGAGCGAAGCGCACGGAGCAGGACGAUGGCAUCAGGGACAGCCAGCGCAGCCAUGUGGGCUUGUUGAACACAUUUUGGCGUGGGCGUGGCAGUAGCGGCGAGUCGCCGUUUGGAGCCCAGCAUCGCCUCAAAGGCAUUCGCAGCAGUGGCAGUGUCACCUACAAAAAGACGCCAACAGCAACUAAUUCAACCACGACAACAACAACAGCGACAGCAGAGGCAACAGCAACAGCAACAACGACAGCAACUUGCAGUCCCAGCAGUGUCCCAUCACAUGCCUCUGUGACAUUUCAAGCGCCUUCAUUAGACAAGACACCGCCAGCAGACACCACAACAGGAGCAGCAACAGCUGGCGCAACCGGAGCAGCAGCAACAGCAGUCCACGCUGGGCCUGGCUUGGAGCCAGCACAGUUGCAGCCAGUGCGGGGCAUACUCAAGUGUCCCACACCCCCGCCACGCCCGCCGCCGCCCAUAUUGCCGUUGCGGCGUGGCCCUGGACACCAGCAGCAACAACAGCUGUCCAGCGACAGCGGCAGCAAUGCGAAGCCAAAGCCGAGUAUUCCCAGCGGCAACACGCUGCCGCCGUUGCUCAAACGCACCGUUAUGGUCUCACCGAGCCGUGUCGAACGCGUUCAAAUACACGACAAGUCGUCUUCACUGGGGGAUCCAUUGACGGAACCUGGCGAGUAUGAGAAUCUACCGUUUCAUGGUCUGCAAACGGCACCUAACAAGUUCUCUACUACCCCUACAAAUUUUAAUAACAACACAAAUGUGGUGCGCGUCGCUCCACGACCCAAGAGACUCAAUGGAAAUAUUGGUCAAGCCAUGAACAACCCGCAGCAGAUGCAUCACCAGACUCUACAGCAUCCUCAACAGCAGCAACACUACUACGACCAGCAGCAGCAGCAACAACUACAACAACAGCAGCAGCAACAUCAGCAACAGCUGCAGUACAACACUUUGCAGUACGGGCGUGGCUGCACAGCCCCGCCCCCUCACAAUCGUAGCAUGGAUCAACUCGAAUCCAGCUCAGAUCAAAUCCAAUACAAUCUCAGCAAUUGCUUUCCCAAAAGCUACACCGAAUACUAUCAGCAACAUCAUCACCAGCAGCAACAACAGCAGCAGCAACAAUCACAGCAGCAGCAGCCACAAACAUCGCAGCAGCAAUCGCAAAAGUUUCACACGAAUUCCGCGUCCAAUGCGCAACUCUUGAAUGCCAUCGAACACGAUUAUCAACCCACAUAUGCAGUUGUAGAACGCCUGCCACCGCCUCCCCCCGCUCCUAGUUCAGCGUUGCUCAAUACGAAUCCUUUUCUGGCCGCCAGCAACUUUAAGAAAUACGAUGCAGCCGGACAGGAGGAGCUGCUGGGCAGCAUGCAGCGUGGCAAGCGAGGCAAGGCGGCCAGUUUGCUUGAUCGCAUGGACAUGGACAAGAAAUUCUAUUCACUCAAGUUUCCCAAUGGCGGCGGUGGCAACAAUAAACUAAAGAAGCCCGCAUACAAUCUAAAUGCAUCGCUGGCAACAGCCACUGCGAAUGCAACGUCGACGGCGCCAAAGUGCAAGCGGCAUCAUUCCUUUGCUGGCGGUAGCCAUGGCGAUAUUGAAUCCAAUGGCAAGCCCAUGCGUCUGUACGAUCCGCCUGUUUAUGAGAAUGUGGCGGAUAAGUGCAACGGCGACACAUUGGACAAUGAGAUGGGCGACGACGGCAGCAGCAACAUACUGAACGCUGGCAGCAAUCUCAACUUGAGUUUGAAUCAAAAUCUGGCCACUGUGCAGUUGCAUACGCAGCCAACGGCUGCCGUCGUCUCGCAAAGCCACAAGAAGAAACAUCACCAUCGCCAGCACCAGCAAAAGGCUGAUGCCCAAGCCGGCGCCGUUGGCGCUGACUUUCAAUUGAUGGAGCCCGAACGCCUUAGCAUUUAUCGCAGCGAUUCGGGCAUCUCGAAUAGCUCGUAUGAAUCGCAGCUGCCGGCACUGGGUCAACGGACGCCCAAGUCGCACAAGGCCAGCUCCUCGGGUCUGAAUCUGACUCGCAAGCCAGUCUACAUGAAUGUGGAGGGUCAACAGCAGCAACAGCAGCAGCAGCAGAUGGCAGCACGUGCCGGCUCACCGGCGCACAAUAUUAAUUCGUCCUAUGAAUCGGCUUCGUCGGCGCCAGUCACAGAUCCCACCUCGCUUAGCUCGUGCAAUUCGCUUUAUAGCAGCGGCACCGGCACCGUUAGCGUCAGCAACACACGCUGUAAUCGCCAUCCAGCAUCGCACCAUCAGCAACAGCAGCAGCAACAGCAGCAACAUCAACAUCAGAAGCAGCCAACGCCGGAAAUCACAACACCCGAGGAUUACGAGCAGUACCAACUGGGCCAUCAGCCCGGACAUUCUGCCUCCAUGUUGUCUGUGGCCAGCAGCAUCAGUGCCGCCAGUCGUGGCAAGUGCAAGCCCUCCGCCAGCACAACGGCAACAGCAUCAGCACUGCAACUGCAACAGCAGCAGCAACUGUCGCAACGCGUGGGUCCGCAUGAGUCAAACCAAUUGCUGGCCAAUAAUCCAUUUUUAGCACUUAAACGGCAUAACAACAGCAACUGCAACAGCAGCAGCAGCAACAACAACAACAGUGUUGCCUGCAGCAAGAAACUACGACGACAGACCAUCAGUGACCCCUACGCACAUAUCAAACGGUAUUAUGCCAUCGAUGCCGAAGCCCCUAAUGCCAACAGCAACAACAACAACGGCAACUUCGAUGAAGCCGUUGGUGCCAACAGUCAUUGCUGCACGGCAGCAACAGCAACGUCAGCAGCUGCAACAGCAACGCAACAAAUUAGCAGCAACAACAAUGGGCGGGGGGCUGAGCAUGGGCAACGGGGGUGUGGCCAUCAUCAACAACAAAUGCUAAUGCCAAAUGAAUUGCAGCUGCAGGCAAGUCGAUUAGCUGCCACCUCCAACUCCAACGCCAACGCCAACUCAAACUCCAGCUGUAAUGCCAGCAAUGUUGACGGCAAUCAGAAUUUAAGAUAUGUACCGCCGAUGCCAAGUGCAACACAGCCACUGGCUGGCGGGGCCUACGAUUGUUUGGUGGUGCGUCGCCCGAUGCGGUUGCCGUUGCGCAAACAUCACACCUUCCACUUUCAGACCACACAAACGGCCAAUGGCAAAUUGCAGCAGCUGCGACGUCAGCUGCAACAGCAGCAGCUGGAACGGGAGCAACAGCAGCUGGAGCUCGGACCGCUCAUCUAUCGACCAUUGGCGCUAAGUGAGCGGCAUGCCUUUAAGCCAAUAUCGCCAACACCUGCAACACCUGGAACAACAGCAGCAGCAGCAGCAACCAACGCAUUGCCUGAUUAUGAAAAACGCAAAGAGAAUGCAACACAGCAGCAGCAACAGCAGCUGCAACCAAUGGCGUUGCAACUAAAUCCUGCCGCUUCGUUGGAGGCAUUAGAGGUGCUAACUAAAACGCAUCCGGACUUUAUGUUUACACGACCAAAGAAGGAACAAAACGCAGCAGCAACGGCAGCAACUGUUGCUGGUGAGGCAGAGGAGGAGGAGGAUUUGGGAUAUUCCUUUUGCGAGGAAGAGUACAUGGUCGAUGAUGACAACGGCAACAGCAAUGACAAUGUUGUUGAUGAACAGCUAGUUGAUGAAGAGGAUGAGGAGGAGGAAACACCACACAAUGCCACAGCACCGCCCACAACACCCGCCCACAGCAACAACAACAACAAUAGUGCAGCCAUUGCCAAUGCCACAGCAGGGGCAUUGAGAUACUUCAUGACGCAGAGCUAUCGCGAGGUGCACAUUUAG